AUGGUGGAUAAUCGCUACGCCACGGCUCUGGUGAUCGGCUCUGUGCUGAGCCUGCUGGCCUGCGUGUACCUCUCUGUGGCAGUGGGCACUCAGCACUGGUACCAGUUCAACAGCCCCCCCAUCAAAUAUGAGGCCAGUAACGUGUCCGAGCUCCGGGAUGACUUCAUCAACAGAGACUUUGACGAGAAGAGCUACAGUGACACUAUGUACCGUCUGAACGGGACCCUGGGCCUGUGGUGGAGAUGCAUGCAGGUGCCCAGCCAGUCCCACUGGUUCAAAGAGCCAGAUCCCAAACUGGAAACUCUGUGUGUCAGCUUCACUCUUCAGCAGCAGUUUUUUCCAAAAUAUAAACACCCCGGGAACCACAACAUCGAGGAGGAUAUCCUCAGAACAUACCUGUGGCGGUCCCAGUUUCUUCUUCCCCUGGUGUCUUUGGCCCUGGUGUUUCUCAGUGGUCUGGUCGGAGUGUGUGCCUGUCUAUGCCGCAGUUUCACCCCAACUCUGGGGGUGGGGGUCCUCCACCUUCUGGCAGGUCUGUGCUCCCUGGGUGCGGUGUGCUGCUUCCUGGCUGGUGUGGACCUGCUCCGUCAGUUUAACCCCCCUCCGGAGGGCGUGGAUGGGACCCUGGGCUGGUCCCUGUACCUCGCUCUCAUCUCCUUUCCCCUGCAGAUGAUGGCUGCUGCUUUAUUUCUGUGGGCAGCAAGAAGCCACCGCAAAAACUACACUCGCAUGACGGCCUACAGAGUGGCCUAA